AUGUCGACAACGGUGGACAAGAUCAAGGAGAUCGAGGCCGAAAUGGCCAAGACCCAGAAGAACAAGGCGACGUCCUUUCACCUGGGCCAGCUGAAGGCCAAACUGGCCAAGCUUAAGCGGGAGCUGCUCACGCCAUCGUCCGGUGGUGGCGGCGCCGGCGCGGGCUUCGAUGUGGCCAGGACGGGUGUUGCCAGUGUUGGAUUCAUCGGCUUCCCUUCAGUAGGAAAGAGUACCUUGAUGAGCCGGCUCACAGGACAGCAUUCCGAGGCUGCAGCGUACGAGUUUACGACACUGACCUCGGUGCCUGGCCAAGUCGUCUACAAUGGUGCUCCUCUACAGAUCAUUGAUUUACCAGGUAUCAUCGAGGGUGCCAAGGACGGUCGUGGCCGUGGUCGUCAAGUUAUCGCGGUCGCGAAGACCGUGUCAUUGAGACGGAACUCGAGGGCUUCCGGCAUCCGCAUCAACAAGUCUCCUCCCAACAUUACAUUCAAGAAGAAGGAGAAGGGCGGCCUCAACAUCACAAACACAGUGCCUCUGAACAACAUCAGCCACGAAGAGAUCAAGGCUGUCAUGAACGAGUACAAGAUCAACUCUGCGGAUAUCUCUAUUCGAUGCGACGCCACCAUCGACGAUGUCAUUGAUAUUCUAGAAGCCAAGAGCCGGAGUUACAUCCCCGUUGUCUACGUCCUCAACAAGAUCGAUGCCAUCAGUAUCGAGGAGCUCGACCUUCUGUACCGUAUCCCUAACGCUGUCCCGAUCAGCUCAGAGCACGGGUGGAAUGUCGACGAACUGAUGGAAGCGAUGUGGGACAAACUGAACCUCGUGCGCGUUUACACGAAGCCAAAAGGAAGGAUGCCGGAUUACAGCCAGCCCGUUGUGCUUCGGUCGAACAGGUGCACUGUCGAGGAUUUCUGCAACGCCAUUCACCGAAGCAUCGUUGAGCAGUUCAAAAACGCUAUUGUGUAUGGCAAAUCUUGCAAGCACCAACCUCAGCGUGUUGGUCUGUCCCACGAGCUAGCUGAUGAGGACAUUGUGACGAUUGUUAAGCGUUGAGACACUUCGCAAAAUGCCAUGGAAGACAGUGGUGAUAGUACGACCCGGAAUUCACCACCUCAGAAAGCAGAGGAUCGCCAGCUUUUCCAAGCUGAAGCACAGAGCUACUUCCAUGUUGAGGACUGCCUGAGCAUAGACUACAGGCUCCGGUGGCUGUUCGUGUUGAAGGGGCAAGGGGGGGUCUCGAGGCGCAGCGGUAAUGUCCAGGCAGGAACCACACCAGUCUGUCCGCGCCGCCUUUGAGCUUAUGGGGGACGGCUGACAAGAGGACAGCGCCAAGACAACUCUCGCGAUCGAGACGGACUGGCGCACGGAUGGUGUUGUGUCCGUCAAGCAGACGAAGCAGCUUCGAUGACGCGAAAGAGCACGAUCGAUCAGUAGAUGUCGUUUACCCCAGAGAUGACGUGAGAAUAACUGGGGGGGGAAUUGAACAAACAAGCGGAUUCGCCAUGUCUCC